AUGUUAGCAAAAUCUAAUGAUUUUCGAGUAAAGACUUCAAGAUAAUAAUCAAAACAUCCUUAUUAUUAAACAUUGUAAUAAGGAGUUUAAGGAGUUUCUUAAGCAAGUAGUAUUAAGUUUGAAAAUUAGCAUUGAAAAAGAAACUUUCUCCAAUAAGAUUAAAUAAGUAUAAUGUAUUUAUGGAUUGUUUAAAUGACAUAACUUAAUAGAAGUUUGAAAAAUGCCAAUCUAGAAUAUUGUUUUAGUAAAUAGAAGAGAAAGUAAAGAAAAAUUAAUUGCUAUGUAUAUUAUUCAUACAGAAUGUUACAGUGUAUAAUAAAUAUGAUUUGCCAAAUAAUAAAGUAUAUAUAUGAGUAAUUGAGAUUCCACCAAAAUUUUCAUGGGAAGCAAUAUAUCGAGGAAAAACAUUAAUAUUAACAACUCCGCAUUAAUAUACAAAAACUUGUCAUGGAAUAGUAGACUUUAUGUUUAAAUCAAAUGCAAAAUAUCCAUUGAAGUUAAAGUUGUUGAAAGUGAAGAAUUAUGAAGAGCAAUACAUAGGGGAGAUAGAUUUGUCAGUUUCAGAUUUUGUGGAUUUUGAAGUAGUGUAAGAAUAUUAAGGAAAGAUGAUAAAGGAAACAUUUGUAUAGAAAGAAAUGUUUAAAGUAUAUAAUGAUUAAUGGGCAUCAAUUGGAUAGGUGAGUUUGAAAAUAAUAUAAUUUUGUUCUUCGAGCGUUCCAUCAAGUACUAAAUGAAUAAAUUGUAGAUAAAUCAUCGAACAUUCCAGGAUCACCAAAGACUUUAGAAUAAAGGAAGAAGCAUUAAUAAAUAGAGGAAGCAAAAUAAAAAGGAUUUGAUUGGGGAAGUAGUAAGGAUGAAGAGAUGAUAAUCUAAUAGAUUUUGGAAUAUUAAAAAGAGAUGGGAGGAAAGAUAAAAUAAAAUAUGGAAGAAGUUUAAGAGAAAAUUUUAUGUAAGUAUAUUGAUAAAACCUAGAAUUGGAUAGUGUUUUAUGUGGGUUAUUGAAAGAAUCAUGUUUUAGUGAUACUUUAAUAAAUAAACGUAGAGCAUUAACAAGGAUCAAAAGAUUAAGAUAAGAUUUAGAUAAUUAAAUAUCUGGUUUGUUAAAGUAAUCAGAAUCUUCUUAUUUGGAAGUGCUUGGCUAAUUAAGAUUAACAACUAGAUAGGGAAGAAUUAAGAAAGUAGAUAUUGAAUAGGCACUUUGUUAUUUUGGUUGUGAAGCUUCAAAAUUAUUAUUAUUGACAGUAGAUGAUUUUGGAAUGUGUUUAAUUGAUUAUAUGUUUGAUUCAGAUUCAUUGCCAGAAGUUCUUUAUUUCUUUAAUUAAUUGGGUUUAAAUGAGGAUGUUUAAUUGGAAGUCUUUGCUUAAUCAUUAUUUGAGAAUAUUAAGUAAAGACUUAGAAAGAAUCAUUAUCUAAAAGCUUUAGCUUAUUUUAUUAAUGCUUUACAUAUGUAUCCUAACAUUGGAUUAAUAAUUGCUUAAUAUGCAACCAAUCCUUAAAAUUCAUCAAUUUUAUCUCCUUUACUUUUAGAAUUCAACAUUCAAGAUUAUCAACAUGUCAUUGUUUUAUCAAAAUUGAGAAAAUUAUGUUCUAAAUUCCUUAAUUAAGAAUUACCAUUUAUGAAAUCAAUUGAAGAUUUAUAUAGAAAAGCGAAAUAAGAUACUUAUUUUAAAAUUCCUAUUCUUCCAAAAAAAGUAGAAACUUAAGAAAAAUUUGAUCUAUUAUAAUUACCUGAAUUAUAAUAAAAUAUAUUCCAUGAAAUUGUUAGAAGAAAAAGAUGGAAUCUAUUUGCAAGAUCUUAUAAACAAUUUGAAUAAUUUGUUUAUUAAAAAGAUCAUUAGGGAAUAUCACCUAUGAUGAUGUUUUUAGAGAAUGCACCAUUAGAUUAGAUUCUUAAUUUAGAUUCUCUUUAAAUUCAAACUUCAUUAAGUGGAUAAACAUCUUUACAUUUUUUGAUUAUGAAUCCAGAUUUAUCAAUAAAUUCAUUAUAAGCUUGUAUAAAUAAGUUUAAUAUGAUUAAUGAUAAAGUUUGGCUAGGAUUUACUCCUUUGGCUUUAUUUUUAGAUAGAUUGCUUUAUAAAUAGAAAAAACAUAAAAGUAGAAUCAUCAAAGAAUUGAAAGCUGCUCAAGAAAGUAAUUCUAAUAAAUGUGUAUAAGUAUUAGAAAUCUUAAGUCUUUCUGCAAUCAAUUUUAUCAAGCACUUUAAUUUUAAUAAAUACUUAUUGUAUUGUUAAAACAUUAAAAAAGAUCAUUUCUAAGAUGAGUUUAUAAAAUUGAAGCUUAAUAAACCAUUUUAAAUAUAAUAAUAAAAAAAUAAGUAAAUAAUAGAAUGGGAUAUUUUUUAUUAUUAACAUACAGUUCCAGCCAUGAUUCUAUGUAAAUUAGAUGAAUCAAUAUAAGAAUUGAUUUGGUAAUAAUUUGAUUGGAUUAAUUGGUUAUGUAGUAAGUAAAAUUAUCCUUAUGAAACUUAUUACAAUUAAACAUUAAUGGUUUCUAUUGCUAAAACUACUUAAACUUAAUAUAUUUAUCAAUAUCUUACAAAAGAUGUUUAAAUUACUUAUAGAGAUAAUGAUUAAUUUAGUAAUGAAAGAAACAACACUUUUGAUUUCUUACCAAUAUUUUAAUCUAUUUAUUAGAUUACUGAAAUAACAGCUAAAUUAAAAGACGAUAUUCAAAAAAAAUAUAAAGGAAUUUAAGAUAAUAAUAAAAAAAAGGAAGAAGAAGAUGAAAAUGUAAAUAAAAUAAAUAAAAAGAAAGAUGAUAAGGAAUUUAAUCAUUAUAUUUUAUUACAUAAGAAUAUAAAAUAAAUGUAAUAAAAUCUUGCUUAAUAAAAAUAUCAAUAAGUAUUGGAUCAAUUAAUGUAAGAGUAAUAAACAACAGAGGGUUUACUAAAAAAUAAUUUCAAAUAUUAAGGUAUAGUAAAUGACUUAAUGGUUGCUAAGAGUUUAAAUUUUGGUAAAUUCUUUCGUAAAGCUUAUGAUUCUAAAUUUCAUGACAUGUUGAAUUUUGUAGAUAUAUUAUUAAAAGCAUUACACCAUAAUAAUAUGCAAGCUGCACAUAUGGCUUUAUUUUUUGCUUAAUUAAGAAUGAACAAAUGUUAAAGAGUAGCUUAAUUGAAGAAUAAUUAAUAAGUAUUUUUAUAAUCAUUGAAUACCCAUUGGUCUAUUGAAUUAGAUUUUGGAUAAUUUUAAGCAAUGAUUAAUGAUAUCAAAGAUAUUUGUUAAUAAAAUGAAGUCAAUUAUGUUAUUUUAAUAUUGGCAAUGAAUGGAAGAUACAAUAAAUUAAAAUUGAUACAUGAUAGAAUGACAAAUCAAAAUUAUAUAAUCUAAGCUUUACCAAUUGCAGCUCAUCAAAUUAAUACAAUUAGAAAGGCACUCUAUUAUGAAAACUUAAAUAAAUUAUUAUAGGAAUGUGAUGUUAAGAGACUCUAUCCUGAAGACAAUCUUGAUUUCUUUAAACCUCCUAAAGACAAAGAAAAACUAAAACCAGAUCCAAAAAAACCUUUUGAUAAAGCCAAGCCUGUAUUUCAAAAGUGGAUUAUGGUUUAAGGAGCAUUAGUAUAUAUAAUCUUUAUUAAUACAGACUACUUAAUUGUAAUUAAUAUACAAAUAUGCCGCCAAUAGUUACCAGAGAGUUAAAUCUGAAUUUUCCAUCCUUGCAAAAUAAUAUCAAUAAUUAUGGUACUAAGAGUACUCUUAUAAAUUAAGAAGAUUAUUUCCAAGGUAAAAUUUUAGAUCUGUCUUUUAUUCUUCUAAACAAAAAGAAUCUGAUUUUGUUAAAACUAUUGAAUUAUUAAUUGAAAAGGUUCUCUAAUUAAAAUUAACACCUUCAGAUGAUUUUUUUACUUAUGUACAUGUUCAUGAUAAAUUUUCAGAACUUUUAUCCUAAUCUCCUAAUUAGAAUAUAUGUAUAGUUUAAGCAUUUAAAUCAAUGAUUAAUUUAUUCUAAUAUGAAUAAUCUAAUGAAGUAUUAUCUAGAUGUAUAAAUUUCUUAAAAAAAUAUUUAAACUCUAAAAUAUUUAAAGAUUUAAAUGAGCCUGAUACAUUUAGAGAUGAGACUCAAUUACUAACAAAGUAUUUAUCUAAAAGUGAUCCAUUAUCAACUUAAUGUAAAUUUGCAUGUGAGGUUUUAAUUCUAAUGGACUAAAAUUUUACUACUCAAGAAUUUGAAACAUUGAAUUUAAUAUAAUAACCAUAAUAAUUAGCAAGUUUAUUAUUGAAAUAUAAAACAUUGGAAAAAAGAACUUUAGGUUUUAUUCAAAAAUAUUUGAAUUCAAGUAAUAAUUAAGCAAAGUAAGCCUUACCUUUUAAUGAAUCAAAUAUGAAAUAUAUAGUAGAUUUAGCUAAAUAAGGAAUUAAUUUAAUAAAUGAAAAUGCUUUAGAAUUCUUUAUAACAAAAGGAUUGUUCAAUUAUUUAAAGGAUUACUUUUUAAGUUCAUUAAAACCAAAAGGAAUGUUAAGUGAUGAUUAAAAGUAAUUCUAUUUAGGAUUUGCAUUUUCAAGUGGUUCUCAAGAGACAAUUUAAUUAUGUUUAGAAGAUUUAUGCAGUUUAAAGAGUAGUGAAUUAAAGUAAUUUAUGUUAGAAGGUAAUUUAUUGGGUAGAGCAAUUGCAAAAGGAUCUUAAGAGACAUUAUUAUAUAUAACUAGGAAAAUAAUGAAAUAAUUGAGUUUUAGUGGAAAAGAGAUUUUAAAAUUAUUACUAAUAUAGGAUAAUGUAGCAGAAGUAUUUUAAUUGGAUAAAUAGAAGAGAUCUUUAUUCACAACUAUAUUCUUAUUAAAUUAUGAUAUAUUUUAUAAAGAGUUUUUUGUAGAUUAUUUAUAGAAGAUUUUACCUUAAGAUUACAAAAAUAUUAUGAUGAAGAUUUUGAAUGCAACAGUAUGUAAAGUAGAUGAGAAUAAUAGUUGGAGUGUAUUUUAAUUAGCAAUAAAUUGUGGAUUUUAUGAUGUGAUACAAACAGUAUUACAGUUGAAUAUAAAUAUUGAUAGUAAAGAUUUGAAGGAGGUAUUAAUAAAUAAUUUACCUUAAAGAUGGUUAUUUUAGACUCCAUAGUAAUUAGAGAAUUUGUUAAAAUAGGAACAUUAUAAAUAAUUAUAUAAGCAAUCAGCAUUAAGAUUAUAUCGAAUAUGUAAGUAUCACUUAUGUAGAUAAGAGAAAUUAAAAGAGUUGGAGAUCUGUUUAAAUUUAGCACCUCUUUAUAAUAAGAUUGGAUUAUAAUUGGAUAGUCGAGAUCCAAUUAUUAACAUUGUAAUGAAUUAAGAAAUAGAUCCAGCAAAACAGCCAUUAAUUUAUUUAUUGAAAUUGCAUUUGGAUUAAGUUGAUAAAGCAAAUUCAUUUAUUUUGGUUGAAAGUUUUUGCGAUAAACAUCCAUAGAUAACUCAUGAUAAAAUAUACACAUAAUUGAUAAAGAAUAGAGAAGCUUAUGAAUUAUUAAGAAUAUAUUAUCCUGAAUAAAAUGAACCAGGAAAUGCUAAAUUUGAUUUUGAUUUGCCUUAUGGUGAUAAUAUAGUAAAGGAAUACUUAUUAUUAUAAGAUCCAUAUUAAUUUAUAAGAUUUAUUACAACUAAUUAAUAAUUAGUAUUUUCAUUAAGAGUGUUAUAUGAUAAGAAUGAUGAUUAAGAUAAAUUCUAUAAUACUUUGAUUGAACCACAACAUGUAAUUGUUUGUGGAAUUCUAUUAUUAAUAUUAAAUCCAAAUAAGCAUACAGAAGUUGUUCAUAAUAAAUUUAAAUAGAUAUUUGAACUAAGGGAUGAUCCAUCUGCAUCUUAAGUAACUAAUAUCUUUAGAGCUAUUUUGAGAUAUUUUGAAUCCAUUGAAAGAACUUUUGUUUUUUUCUUUUCAUUAAUACAAUCUUUACUCAAUAAUUAGAUUUAUUAAUAACUUAUACAAAUAAAACCUAUUGGAGAUAUGAAUAAUUAGAUUAGUUCUGAAAAGUAAUUCUUAGAAGAUAUUAAAGAUGCAUUGAUAUUUAAUACAUUUACACUUUAAGAUAAUGUUUGGGGAUAGAUAUUAGGAUAAAGUACUAAAGUUUCACAUCCAUUACAAUCUGACAAAUGGUUCUAAGGAGUAAUAAAUUAUUUAUUAUAUAUUUAGUUAUGUUUAAUUAAAUCAUUAUUACACGUAUGUUAUUAAUCUGAAGUCAUUAUUCAUGAGAUACAAACACUUAGUAGAUUAGAUGAUUACAUAUCUACUGAUUUUUGGGGUGUUUAAUCUGCUAAUAUAGAAAUUAGAGCUGAAUUACAUCCUUCUGAAUAAGUUGCUUAACAUAAAGUCAUUGUAUUUAAAUAAUCUGAAAAUAAUACUUGGAAAAUCAAAUAUCCACUUGGAAUGGUUAAAGGUAAUAAUACAAUAUAUUUUAUUAGAUACUUAAUUUAUAUAUCCAUCCAUUCUAUCUUCAUAAAAAGGGACUGAACAUGCUAAAAAUCAACUUAUCUAAUAAGUCUUUGAUUAAAUUAAAUAUGAUAUCUUACCUAAAAUUGAAAAUUUCACAUUUGAAUCAUAUAAUCAUGAAAAUAUUUAAUAAUUAAUCAUGGAAACUUAACAAAAUACAUUUAUUACAUUAAAUCCUUAUACAUUUUAAGGUGAUUCAAUAUAAUAUAAUGGAAAAUAACUGACAUCCAAUUAUUCAACAAAAAGAAAAAAUAAAAAAGAACUUAUACUUACUCCUCUUACUAAUUAGAUUAUUAUUCAAGUAGUUUCUAAAGAUGAAUUUAUUAGAAGAGAAAAAUAUUCAUUUCUAUUUAAUUAGAUUAUUGAAGAUUCAUCUACUAAAUAUUGGACAUAUUUAAUUGAUAAAGAAAAUAUCUCAUCUAUUAAAGAUGAUUAAAUCAUUAUGGAUUUAUAUGAAAUGACUAAAGAUAGAUUAGGAUAUCAUGUCUAAUUUUAAUCAUUUGUUGAAUGUUAUUAUAAUAAAUUAGCUAGUGGACUUGAAAAAGCUACCAAAAAAUGUAUUAUAAUUAUUUCAUCAUUUUUAGCUAUCUCACCUAAAAUUUGUGUAGACAUUGCACUUUAAUGGGAUAUGUUAAUCAAAGUUAUUAAACACAUUGCUUCUUAUAUUAAAUUCACUGAUAAUAUCUGUUUUGAAAUGGCUGAAAUUGAUUAAAGAAAAGUAAUAAGUUAUUAAUUCUAUUAUUAGUCUAUAAAUAUUAAAUUAGAAGGUUUUGAUUCUAUUUUUAGAUUUGGUUAAUCUGAGCUUUCUGUAUCUAAUAAUAUUUUAGUCAUCAAAUUAAAUAUUGCUAUGCUCACUAAUGGAAACUUUUAACAAUUAUUAUAAACACAAAAUAGAUCUAAAUUAAACACUACAGAAAUUAAAGAAUCUAUUGAUAUCUAAGUAAUUUUAUUAUCUAUAAAUAGUAAUAUCUAUUAUCUAUUUUUAAUGAAUAAUAAUUGUCACAAUUAUGA